GUUGAGUUCCUUGCUACAAUCUCGGCGUCAAGCCGCCAUGGCUGAGCUGGCUGGCGUGCUGGACCCGGCCCUCUUCUCUGCUCGAUCAUCGCAGAGGACGAGGAGCACCGGUGCCGCCCCAGAGAAGCCCCUUUACAGACCAUUCGACACACUGUCGAACGAACUCAAGAUCCUCAUCUUCUCUCAUGUGCAAGAUCCUUGGGCCUUUUCUCGAACGUGCAGAUCUUUCCACGCACUCGCAGAGGAUGACUACCCACGAGCACGCUGGUUUAUCACCAGACAUGGGCCAGCUGCAGCCUUGUUGUAUGCACUCCGGCGGCCCGCACUCGUCACACCUGCCCUGUUCGAUCACAUGAUGCGCUCUGGCGCUGUGCUCAGCCGCUACCUAUGCCAAGUCUUUGUCAAGACCUAUUCAGGACAGCCACGACGAGGCACAUUGCACUGGGACGCCGCCAUACCGACGAGCUUUUUUGAUCUUGCCUUCUUUUCGCAUCUCAUCACACUUUGCCAGCAGACCUUUGGGGAGCUCUACACGCCACAAUCUGUGCUCGAAGGUCUCGGCGUUCUGGGACAGCUCGCGACUGCUCAGGACACAAGAUUGACGGAUGGCGAGCUGUUCACACUCGCAAUGGCUGCCGUCAUCCACCGCGAGCAGGCACCGGUCAAUGCCGGCCUUGCAGCAGAAGUCGAGGCGGAACUCGAGCGUCUCUGGAAUGUGAUUGAUAAUCUCUUUGAAAGGUACAAUUUUGUCCCAAUUUCUGCUGGGGACGCUAGCUGGCGUCCACUGCUCGACCAGAUGGUACGACGGCCCAAGGUGGCACGCUUCGCUAUCAACAACAAGUUCGGCUACACAGCGAGAGACUGUCAGACUGCCAUGGAGAGGCUCAUUCUCAGCUUCAAACACGCUCGUCCGGCUGCAGCAGAGACAAUCAAGACAGCCCGCGAACUAGCGGAUGUCCUCAUAUUUCAUAUCAAAGAAGAGACAGGCUUCAUUAUCACUGAGCGCCAAGUGGAGACCCUCUUCAUCUCAGGCUUCUUGCACCGUCCUGUACUGUAUGAAGCCUUGCUACUCGUCAAUGUCGAAGGCUUGCUGCCCUUCAGCCUUGAGGACAUCGCCCUCAGCUGUUUGCCGGCACUAGAAAUCGACGCGGCAAAUGCAAGCAGCUUACAAUUUCUAUGGGCUGACUUUCCGACAUUGCCGAGACGGGGUGCGGGCGAGAUCAUCGCUCGCGCGUUUGCAAGCUCCGUCACGUCUGCAGCAGAAACCCGACAUAUGAUCAGUCUUAUGCCUCGUGUGCCUACGGAGCUGCUCGGCGGCGUAGGCGGCCAUCUCGUCACGCGCGAACGCUCUAGCCUUGAACGUCUAGGCACCUACAAUGGACCGCGCCUAAUGAAGACUUUGGACGAAGUGGCAGAUAGCUUCGAUCAGCGCUCUUUCAGGCCAACGGCCGAAGCGAUCAUCAUGGCAAUCUGUUCAUCAAUGACGAUCUUGCCGGAUAGGCUGCUCGCCUACGCUGCUAUGCGCAUGCCGGAAGACGUCAUGCGGAUCGUCGAGUACUCAGUGGCGCUGCUGAUCGGCUAUCCGCACAAGGGUGCUACGCUGCGCUAUUUGCUCGAUGCGUAUGAGCACACGCGUGAGCUUGCAGCAUGGAUCGUAUCGCUAUACGAGCUUGACAUCGAUAAGCUAGAGGCUUGGCACGUCAACGAGGACGAUCGGGUUGUGCGCGUGACGCAAUUCUGUGGCAUCUUCGCUCUCUUUUGGUCCGAUCAGCGAGCGAUGAGCUACGAUACAUUCAUCGAUACGGUCGACAAGCGCCCCAAGCAACUCACUACUCGUCAACGUGUCCCGAAAGAAAGGAUUGAAGAGCUGGCGAUGUUCCGAUUCUGUCCGGGUGCAGAAGCUCACAAUUUAGAGGCUUAUGCAGCUUUGCUACAAUUCUUCGCCAAGCGUUUGCAGUCUGCCCCGAUUAGCCUGAAGCGCCUCGCUAGCGGCUACACACGACCGCCAGACUAUGCAAACAUCACCGGCGUUGCCGAUGCCAGAUAUCAGAACAUCGAUCUACCCAGCACGGCAGCGACCAUGCUGAAGACUCAGCCGAUCGACGCGCCGUGCCUACGCAUCUUGCUGCAGCAUCUGAUAUUCAAUCAUUCGACUCCGGAGAUCAUGGCAUAUCUACACGCCGGCGUGCCGCUGCCAUGGGAAAUGUUUGAGAUCGGCGCAAGGACGCGGCGGUGGUAUAGCUGGUCAUCGGCCACUCUGGAGUCUCUAGAGCCGCCGAAGCCGAUAGCUCCCAUCCGCAUGCGCAGUGCUACCGCGAAGAUGCUCAAUACAACGGCCGCUGUGGCAACGCGUCAGCAGCCUAGACGCCGCACGACUUUGACUUCAUCAAACUUCAGCGAUUUGCUAAACGUCAGCGAUACAAAUCUAUUGGCGCCUCGCUACGGUCACCUCGUGCCGGACUACGACGCAGUACCCGUACAGAGAGUGUACUUCACUUCAGCGCUCGUAUCGCGCCUCACAUCAGCAGAGAAAGUUGCCCUGCCCGUCCCGUUCGCGCCCGCAGAGACGUAUGAGCAGAUCAAGCUAAAGAUCGCAGAGCUCAUCCAAUUUCGAGACGCGCAUCGCCAUUUACACGACUCGCCGCGGCUCGGACCGGACGGUGUCCAGCUCCUGAGAGACGAGACCAGCGAACGAAUUCUCUACUAUGAAAGAGUGCUCCGCACGGCAGCACAAAGUCGCUUCCGACGUCGCUGGAUAACCCUCGUCCAGGACCUGCACACUGCCCAUAGCGCUGUCUAUAGAUCGCUAAGGUCAAUCGCUACAGACUUGUCGAUCGACAGUCCUCGGGCUGAACUUCACCGGCCACGCUUUCUCGACGAACUUGGCAAUCUAUUGCGUUCCUUCAAAGACCGUGAAGCAAGUCUGUUGAAGACAGCUCUCAGGACGCAUGAGAUCCCAAAUCAUGCACUGGUAGGCCCCAGAGGUCCUUAUAAGAAGAAGCCCAAAACACGCUUCAGCUUCACUCGCGAAGAGCUUGAGAGCCCUGAGUCUGAACCAGACUGUCCAGGCCCAUGCUCACCAAGGCACGAGCUGCCUUAUAGCGGCGAUGGUAGCCUAGCACAGCCGGACGAGGGCAAUGAAGCGUUCCCGGAUUGCGACCGGCUCGAUGCCACGUCGGCGUCAAGCAAGGUGACUUGA